GGGAAUUGCUUUACACGCUGACUCUGUUUGUGUUGACACCGUCCCUCACCGCUGGCAGCUUCGAAGAUGAGUUCCAGAGUGUCAAAUGAUCUGGAGAAAGAUGAGGAGGAAGAAGAAGAAGAAGAAGAAGAAGAGAGUGUGAACCCAACAGAGGUGAAAAUGAGUCAGAUAGUGAUGCCGUGUCACUGCAACCAUCGACAGGAGCUAAGUGUGGGACAGUUGCUCAAAUGGAUAGACUCCACUGCCUGCCUCUCUGCGGAGAGACAUGCUGGGAGUCCCUGCGUCACUGCUUCGAUGGACGACAUCCACUUUGAACACACCAUCAGUGUGGGUCAGGUGGUGAAUAUCAAGGCAAAGGUCAACAGAGCCUUUAAUACCAGUAUGGAGGUGGGCAUACAGGUGAGCUGCGAGGACCUGUUCUCUGAUCGUCACUGGAGAGUUUGUCACGCCUACGCCACGUUCGUAACUCAGCGCACAAACAGUGGAAAAAAGGUCACCUUGAAGCCCAUCGUACCUCACACUCAGAAGGAGCAGGUUGAAUACAGCGUGGCAGCCGAGAGACGGAGGGUCAGGAUGGUGCAUGAUGACAUCAUCAAAGAUCUGCUCUCCAAUGGGUCCAUCCAGACGGCUGACAGCUCAGCAGUAUGCAAUGCAGUGGCAGCAGAGAAAACCAAGGUGGAGAGUGUUGAACUGGUUCUACCCCCACAUGCUAACCACCAGGUGAAUACAUUUGGAGGACAGAUCAUGGCCUGGAUGGUGAACGUAGCUACAAUUGCUGCCAGUCGACUGUGUCAGGCUCACCCGACUCUUCGGACCAUUGACAUGUUCACUUUCAGAGGACCUUCUCAGAUUGGAGACAGACUGCUGCUGAGGGCUAUAGUCAACAAUGCCUUCAAAAACAGCAUGGAGGUGGGGGUGCGAGCCGAGGCCUACCAGGAGGAGGGGCUUAACCGACACAUAAACUCUGCCUUCAUGACCUUUGAGGUACUUGAUGACCACAGGAAGCCAUGCACGUUACCACGGAUACGACCCGAACCCCUGGAAGGGGAGAGGAGGUUUCAAGAGGCCAUAGCGAGGAAGAAGAUCAGAUUGGACAGAAAGUACAUCAUUUCCCGAAAGCAGGGCGAGGUCCCUCUGUCUGUACCCUGGGACCCCACAAACCAGGUGUACCUGAGCUAUAACAACGUGUCAGCUCUGAAGAUGUUGGCUGCUAGAAAGAACUGGCGCCUCAGCUCUGAGAAGGACAAGGUUCGUCUUUACACGCUGGAGCAGAAGUCCAUGUUGAGUUUCAGGGUGGAAGCAGAGGUGGAUGUUCCUGCUCACAGAGCCUUUAGUCUGCUGGCUGAGCUGAGCAACAGAACAAACUGGGACACACAUUAUCGGGAAUGUGAGCUGAUUCACCGGGUGGACGAUGACGACUUCCUGUACCGCGUGGUCACCCCAUCAGUCCGUUAUGGUGCUGCAGGUUCCCCGACUUCAGCCGGACUGGCAGAAGGAAUUCUCCAGGACUUCAUCCUGUUGGCUUCCAAGAGGAAGCCGUGUAGCAGUGGAGAUCCAUACGUCAUCGCUCUGCGUUCAGUGUCUCUGCCCACCCACCCACCCACUGAAGGUUAUAACAGAGGGGAGGUUCUGUGUGCUGGAUUCACCAUACUGGAGGCCAAAGACAACAUGUCACUGAUCCGUUACUAUAACCAGGCGUCUCCAGAGGUCCUUCCCUACAUCUCCACUGAUAUCGCUGGCCUCUCCUCCUCUUUCUACCACACCUUCUGCUCCUGCAGCCAGUACCUCACUAAGAACAGGAUGCAGUUCACCUCCGAGGAGCAAACUGGCCAAUACCAGGCUACGAAUACGGAGAGUCCCAUCCGUGAAAAUGAGGCUGAGAGUCUGUCAGUGGCCCUCCACAGCACCCAGCUGUAGUCAGUCUGCUGUUAGUACAGCGAGAUGCAGAGCCACCCUCUGAGACAAGCCAGUCACUGUCCCUGAGAUCUGAGGAGGCCAGUUCUGCUCCGUCAGGACUAGGGUGAUGUAUGGGAACAGCCUCUCCACUGUGGAU